AUGGAUACAGACGACGCACACGGUCGGAGGGAGAGUGCGCGCGAGAUAUUGCGUGGAAUGAGGGAGACGCAGCAGAGGGCAGCAGUGGCCAAAAUUCAGCGUUGCGGAUUGGAGGCCGUACAGCAGAGGGGGGAGGGGGAGAGCAUGGAGGAGCUACAGGCAGUGCAUCUCCCCGUCGAGGAUGAUGAACACGAUCAGAGGCAGAGGAUGGAACGCGAAACUGGGAAGGUGUAUCAGAGGCGUGAGGCGCGAACAAAGAAGAGGUAUGAUCAGGGGCUUGAAGAACGCGUUGCGGUGGACGCGAAUGAGAGGGAGGAACAGGAGCGUAUCCUAUUCGAUGACGAGGGUCGAGAGUUUCCCGCGACGGAGGGGGAUAGGGAGGGAGAUGAACGGGAGCAGGAGAGGGUCGAGAACGAGAGGCGUCUUGAGCGCGAAAAUGAAGAAGAGCUGCAGAGAGAGGUAGGGAGUGAGGGACUCAAGGAGCAAAGGUCGAUGGAGCGCGAAAAUGAGGAGGCACGACAGAGGGUGGAAAACGAGGGGCUCGAGGUACAAAGGCGGGUGGAGCGCGAAAAGGCGGAGCAUAGGCAGAGUGAGGAGGAAGAGCGGAAGAGGGAGGAGGCGAGGAAGGAGGAGCGCGAAAAGGAGGAGAAUCGGCAGAGGGAGGAGGAAAAUCGGAAGAGGGAGGAAGCAAGGAAGUUGGAACGCGAAAAACAAGAGGCGCGGGAGCGGGAGGAGGAAGAGCGGAAGAGGGAAGAGGCGAGAAAGAUGGAGCGCGAAAAGGAGGAGAAGCGGCAGAAGGAGGAGGAAGAGCAGAAGAGGGAGGAGGCGAGGAAGGCGGAGCGCGAAAAGGAGGAGAAGCGGCAGGGGGAGGAGGACGAGCAGAAGAGGGAGGAGGCGAGGAAGGCGGAGCGCGAAAGGGAGGAGAAUCGGCAGAGGGAGGAGGAAGAACGGAAGAGGGAGGAGGCGAGUAAGGUGGAGCGCGAAAAGCAGAAGCAGCAGAGGGAGGAAGAGCGGAAGCGGGAGGAGGCGAGGAAUGUGGAGCGCGAAAGGGAGGAGAAUCGGCAGAGGGAGGAGGAAGAACGGAAGAGGGAGGAGGCGAGAAAGGUGGAACGCGAAAAACAGGAGGCGCGGCAGCGGGAGGAGGAAGAGCGGAAGAGGGAGGAGGCGAGAAAGAUGGAGCGCGAAAAGGAGGAGAAUAGGCAGAGGGAGGCGGAAGAGCGGAAGAGGGAGGAGGCGAGGAAGGAGGAGCGCGAAAAGGAGGAGAAUCGGCAGAGGGAGGAGGACGAGCAGAAGAGGGAGGAGGCGAGGAAGGCGGAGCGCGAAAAGGAGGAGAAGCGGCAGAAGGAGGAAGAGCGAAAGAGGGAGGAGGCGAGGAAGGUGGAGCUCGAAAAGGAGGAGAAGCGGCAGAGGGAGGAGGAAGAGCAGAAGAGGGAGGAGGCGAGGAAGACGGAGCGCGAAAAGGAGGAGAAGCGGCAGAGGGAGGAGGAAGAGCAGAAGAGGGAGGAGGCGAGGAAGGCGGAGCGCGAAAAGGAGGAGAAGCGGCAGAAGGAGGAAGAGCGAAAGAGGGAGGAGGCGAGGAAGGCCGAGCGCGAAAAGGAGGAGAAGCGGCAGAAGGAGGAAGAGCGAAAGAGGGAGGAGGCGAGGAAGGCGGAGCGCGAAAAGGAGGAGAAGCGGGAGGAGGACGAGCAGAAGAGGGAGGAGGCGAGGAAGGCGGAGCGCGAAAAGGAGGAGAAGCGGCAGAGGGACGAGGACGAGCAGAAGAGGGAGGAGGCGAGGAAGGCGGAGCGCGAAAAGGAGGAGAAGCGGCAGAGGGAGGAGGACGAGCAGAAGAGGGAGGAGGCGAGGAAGGCGGAGCGCGAAAAGGAGGAGAAGCGGCAGAAGGAGGAAGAGCGAAAGAGGGAGGAGGCGAGGAAGGUGGAGCUCGAAAAGGAGGAGAAGCGGCAGAGGGAGGAGGAAGAGCAGAAGAGGGAGGAGGCGAGGAAGACGGAGCGCGAAAAGGAGGAGAAGCGGCAGAGGGAGGAGGAAGAGCAGAAGAGGGAGGAGGCGAGGAAGGCGGAGCGCGAAAAGGAGGAGAAGCGGCAGAAGGAGGAAGAGCGAAAGAGGGAGGAGGCGAGGAAGGCCGAGCGCGAAAAGGAGGAGAAGCGGCAGAAGGAGGAAGAGCGAAAGAGGGAGGAGGCGAGAAAGGUGGAGCGCGAAAAGGAGGAGAAGCGGCAGAGGGAGGAGGAAGAGCAGAAGAGGGAGGAGGCGAGGAAGGCAGAGCGCGAAAAGGAGGAGAAGAGGCAGAAGGAGGAAGAGCGAAAGAGGGAGGAGGCGAGGAAGGUGGAGCGCCAAAAGGAGGAGAAGCGGCAGAGGGAGGAGGAAGAGCAGAAGAGGGAGGAGGCGAGGAAGGCAGAGCGCGAAAAGGAGGAGAAGCGGCAGAAGGAGGAAGAGCGAAAGAGGGAGGAGGCGAGGAAGGUUGAGCGCGAACAGGAGGAGGCGCGGCAGAGGCAAGAACGGGAACGUAAGAGAUCCGAAAGCGAUCGCCGAAUGCAAGAGCUGCGAAGGCUAGAGCGCGACAGGCAAGUGGCAAGACAAAUGGAGCAAGCUGGUGAGUAUCACGAUCUGGAGCGUCAGGGGGAUCGACGGGAGGAGAAUGAGCGGCGUGGGAUGGGGGGCGCUCUGCCGAGGCACGAAAGGCAGAGAGAGGUUGCUGGGUUGGGUGAACAUGGUGCCGGAGGGCAGCGGGGGCGCGAUGGAACUCGUCACACAAGCGAGGGCCAGAGGGGCGCGAGGGUGUUUCAAACGCAAGCGGGGCGGGGUGCAGGGGAAGGAGCACGACACGUGGUGGUUGGCGACCAGCCAACCGAUGGGCAGCAAGGGACGACGUUUCGUCGGGCUGCGGAGGUGGGUCCAGUGGGGUUGGGAACUGGCGGUCCUAGAAUGGUGAUUCAGCGGGAUGGUGGCCGGCGUGCUGAUCAAACUGCUCGGAACAGGGUUGGCGAGGGAGACCGUAGGAGGCUUGAGCAGUCAAGGCAGCCAGGUCGGCGAGAGGGUGAAGCGCGUCGUACGCUACAGGGUGAGAGAGUUGCGGAGGAGCAGGUCUGGCGUGGGGUGGGAUGGGCAGUCGAGAGAGGACGAGUGGAAGAGGAGCUGGAGAGUGCGGCGAGCGCGCUCCCUGUUCAGCGGCGCCGUCCACCUGCGGCAGAGAAUCCGGCCGCGGUGCAGGCAGAGGAACUGGAGGAGGGUGAAUGGGUGGCUGUGGAGAGGGUACUUCAGGAACAGGAGAAUGCUGGGCCCCGGGUUUUCGAGGAGACGGCGGGUGGAUUUGAGGAGGCCGGCGACCGCAUCGCAGCUAGCGGCAGGGUGCAAACGACGUCAGAGUUGAUGCGUCGUCUGACGCUGGUUGCGAGGUCCGUGGCCCGAAUUUCGUCGGAGCAAGGUGUCCGCUUCAGCGAAUACAUGGCCGAGAUUCGCCAGUUUGGUUCGCAGAUGCAGGGAUGGGACGUGCGCUACAUGCAGGACUACGACGAUCUAACGCACGAGUACCACAUGCUCAAGGAUUCAGUGGUCCGAGAGCGCGAGGAGCUCGUCCAAUUGCGUACUGCUCUUUCGACGUCUGCCGCCGAGGCACGAGUGGCGGCAGCUGAAGCAGGUCGCGCAGCAGCCGCAGUAGCUGUUGGACAAUUGGAGGAAAAGUUAGUCGGGUUUUUCGAUACGUUUGGGGAGAAGUUGGAGCACGCGAUAGAGGAAGUGUCAAAAGGGGGGAAGCUGGAGGCCACGAUGGCACCCACCACCAUGGAUCAUCUCAGGAAGGUUUUUGACAAUAGUGUAUACGAAGUGUGGGAGGAUCUCAGAACUGCGGACGACGAAAACCAGCUGACUUUCAAGGCGAUUCAGAAGGCACUGGCAGGAUUGGGAGCAAAACUCAAAGGGCCGGCUGGUCCCAUAAGGGUCGAAAAUCCCCCCGCUGCCAAGGUUGUUGCCACACCAAACCCUUCGCGAACGCAUGCCGAACCAGAUUCUCCGGACAUCCCGAUUUCCGCUGCACAAAAAGUUAUGGAAAGGUUUGCCGCAACAUCCGAGGGUGAGGCGGGUGAGGCGGGUGGGGCGGGAGAGGCAGGCGCUGGUGUGGCAGAUGUUGACCUGUCUGGGCCGGUGAGGAGAAACUGGAGAGAGAUGAUUCGGGUGAAGGAGUUGCAGAAAGAGAAGGACAAGGAAAUAGUCGAAAGGAGGGCGGCCGAUGCGCGGAAGCGGUCUGCAGUUCAGGCGGCGCAAGCGACGGCUGCAGAGAAGAGGCGAGCCGUGGGUGGGGUGGGGAAUUCGAGCAGGGAGAAUCGGUCUGGGACUGUUGUUAGCAGCGGGAGAGCGGCAGAAAAUCGAGCGGCGAAUACAGCCGUAGAGGCUGGAAGGUUGCGUGCAACCCUGGUCGAGAGGAGGAAGGCGGAACAACGCAAGAAGGCUGAAGAGGACCGCAAGCGUGCACAGGAGGAGAAGGGGGAGCGGCAGGAUAAGGCGAAGGAGUCAAAGAGGUUAGAGAAAGCGGCUGAGGAAAAACGCAAGGCGGAGGAAGAGAAGAGGGUGCGGGAGGAGCAGGCGAAGGAGGCAGAGCGGUUAGAGAAAGCGGCGGAGGAAAAACGCAAGGCGGAUGAAGAGAAAAGGGUGCGGGAGGAGCAGGCGAAGGAGGCAGAGCGGUUAGAGAAAGCGGCGGAGGAAAAUCGCAAGGCUGAGGAGGAGAAGAGGGUGCGGGAGGAGCAGGCGAAGGAGGCAGCGCGGUUAGAGAAAGCAGCGGAGGAAAAACGCAAGGCGGAUGAGGAGAAGAGGGUGCGGGAGGAGCAGGCGAAGGAGGCAGAGCGGUUAGAGAAAGCGGCAGAGGAAAAUCGCAAGGCUGAGGAGGAGAAGAGGGUGCGGGAGGAGCAGGCGAAGGAGGCAGCGCGGUUAGAGAAAGCAGCGGAGGAAAACCGCAAGGCGGAUGAGGAGAAGAGGGUGCGGGAGGAGCAGGCGAAGGAGGCAGAGCGGUUAGAGAAAGCGGCGGAGGAAAAUCGCAAGGCUGAGGAGAAGAGGGUGCGGGAGGAGCAGGCGAAGGAGGCAGCGCGGUUAGAGAAAGCAGCGGAGGAAAAACGCAAGGCGGAUGAGGAGAAGAGGGUGCGGGAGGAGCAGGCGAAGGAGGCAGAGCGGUUAGAGAAAGCAGCGGAGGAAAAACGCAAGGCGGAUGAGAAGAGGGUGCGGGAGGAGCAGGCGAAGGAGGCAGAGCGGUUAGAGAAAGAGGCGGAGGAAAAACGCAAGGCGGAGAAGAGGGUGCGGGAGGAGGCGAAGGAGGCAGAGCGGUUAGAGAAAGAGGCGGAGGAGAAACGCAAGACGAAGGAGGAGAAGAGGGUGCGGGAGGAGCAAGCGAAGGCAUUGAAGGUUGCCGAAGAGAAGCGGGCGGAGGCAUUGAAGCUGAAAAUGGAGCUCCAGGCAAAGCGUGAGAGGAUGCAAGCACAAAUGGAGGAACUUGCAAAGUUAGAGGAAGCUGCAAAAGAGGAAGAGGAGAGGCAACAGAAAAAGUUGGAGGCGCAGAAGGAGAAGAUGGAAAAGGAAAGGCAACAGAUUGCGGCCGAGGACGUGGAGGGGGCACAAGGGCAAGGGCAGGGAGGAGACGAGAUUCUUACCGUGGUGGUUCCGACGACCGGGAUUCUUCACGUGAUUCCUGCGCACCAUGGACAGCCACUUGAAUUUGUGGAUCUGGCGGAGGAUGCUGAGUCAGUGGACCGGACUGUCCACGCUGAUUCAGACUCCCAAUUGGCAUCGAAAAAACCUCGCAGAAAUCAACUAGCGCCCAACAACAAUGCAGAGGCGGAGUCUGAAAAUGCUGCAGCGUCAGAGAACGAAGUGGAGGCACGUCGCUGGAAUCUUGCAACGGUGUUGGGAGAAGCGGUCGAAGAUGUGGCGGAAAAAGCAGGGAUGCCUGACGCACUGACGUGGGGUGUUACCAAACACUUCAAAAAAUGUGGGCUUUUUGAACGCGAACGGGAGCGGAAGGAUAAGACGAAGGUGUUGAUAUUCUCGUCGGAGCAAACGGUUGGAGGGAAGAAGAGAAACAUGGGGAGUUACAAGGAGAAAUGGCGCCGUGACUUCACCGUAGCCAUCUGCUGGAUGGCGUACUAUCCCGAGACCGACAUGCUUCAUUACGGGAUGGAUCCCGUCGAAGUUGGCACAUGGGAUCCCUACCUCGAACUCGCGCGUGAAUUGCCGACUGGAGUGUGGAGCGUGCUCAACCACAUGGACAUGGACAAGUACGAAGAGUGA